AUUCCCUCGCGGGCCGAGCCGCCCCUCUCUCCUGCCCCUCCUCCUCCCUUGCCCACCCCUCGGAGUGGAGCUGCACAUGCGGCUGCUCCCUGUUGCGUCCCGCCCAGCCACCGUCGCUCAGGAACGGGUCCCUGCAGCCCCCAGCCGAUGGCAGAACAGUAGCUGCCUGUCAGGGGUCGUGAACGGCGGAGGCAGAAGCAGCGGCUCCCGGGCCUGAGAGAGUGGGUGUCUCCGGAGGCCAUGGGCUACCCGGAGGUGGAGCGCAGGGAACCCCUGCCUGCGGCAGCGCCAGGGGAACGAGGGAGCCAGGGCUGCGGCUGUCGCGGGGCCCCUGCCCGGGCGGCCGAAGGGAACAGCUGCCGGCUCUUCCUGGGUUUCUUCGGCCUUUCGCUGGCCCUCCACCUGCUGACUUUGUGCUGCUACCUAGAAUUGCGGUCCGAGUUGCGGCGGGAACGGGGAGCUGAGUCCCGCCUCGGCGCUCCGGGCACUCACGGUAUCUCUGGCACGCUGAGCAACCCCGGUGGCCUCGAACCUGACGGUCCCAUCACCCUCCACAUCGGGCAGCCGUCGCCGCAGCGGCAGCCGUUGGAACGGGGAGAAACUACACUCCCCCCUGACUCUCAGGACCUGCACCAGAUGGCCUUGCUGAAUUUCUUCUUCCCUAAUGAGAAGUCCUACUCUGAAGAAGAAAGCAAUCGUGUUCACCGCAACAAAAGAAGCAAAAGCAGUGAAGGAGCAGAUGGACCAGUCAAAAACAAGAAAAAGGGAAAGAAGGCAGGGCCACCUGGGCCCAAUGGUCCUCCCGGUCCUCCAGGGCCUCCAGGACCACAGGGACCCCCAGGGAUUCCAGGGAUUCCUGGAAUUCCAGGAACAACUGUUAUGGGACCACCUGGUCCUCCUGGUCCCCCUGGUCCUCAAGGACUCCCUGGCCUCCAGGGACCUUCUGGUGCUGCUGAUAAAGCUGGAACUAGAGAGAACCAGCCGGCUGUGGUGCAUCUGCAGGGCCAAGGGUCAGCAAUUCAAGUCAAAAAUGAUCUUUCAGGUGGAGUGCUCAAUGACUGGUCUCGCAUCACUAUGAACCCCAAGGUGUUUAAGCUACACCCCCGCAGUGGGGAGCUGGAGGUACUGGUGGACGGCACCUACUUCAUCUAUAGUCAGGUAGAAGUCUACUACAUCAACUUCACUGACUUCGCCAGCUAUGAGGUGGUGGUAGACGAGAAGCCCUUCCUGCAGUGCACCCGCAGCAUCGAGACGGGCAAGACCAACUACAACACUUGCUAUACUGCAGGCGUCUGCCUCCUCAAGGCCCGGCAGAAGAUUGCCGUGAAGAUGGUGCAUGCUGACAUCUCCAUCAAUAUGAGCAAACACACCACCUUCUUUGGGGCCAUCAGGCUGGGCGAAGCCCCUGCAUCCUAGAUUCCCCCCAUUUUGCCCUUGCCCAUGCCCCUUCCCCAGGUCUGGGAGCCAGGACUCCCAGAACCUUUAAGUGCUGCUGUGUAGUGAGGUCCAUUGGCAUUGCAGCCAGAGAGAAAGGCCCCCGUGCUAUUUAUUCCCAAGUGAUCCCAUGAUGGCAAGGCCUACUUGACUUUCCAAAAUGGCCUUGAGUUAACAGGAGAGUUGAUGGAGCCCCAGCAUUUACAGGAAGCACAACUUUCUUUGGCUCCACAUUGACUGGCUUGAGACGUAACUCUUCAACCCCAAGGUCCCUAUUGUCCGUUUUAUCACUUGUUGCACUAAUGUGAGGAUCCAGAACAGCAGGCAAGAGAAAGUGAAGGUGUACUCCAGACUCGGGGUGACCAGAAGGGGGCUGCAGCUUCUCUCUUGGCUAGGGCUAAGGAUGGGGUGGCAUUAGCUUGCAGCCUAAGGAGAGAACUAGGGAGGGAAAAGAUAGAUGACUGUGACACAGACCAGGGGAGAAAGCUGCCUAGUAGGCAUCCUUGACAGUGAAAGGUUCUUGCUCCUCUGGACUGUGAGUGCCCGGAGAAUCUGAGCUCUUCCACUCCGGCUGAGAGCCACACUAUGACAGCUAUCUGGGCUUCAAAGUCAAGAGCAUUGCUGUCCCUUGGAACCAUCACAAGAAUGGCCGUAACCCCACUUGCAGGAGAACCUCAAUCUGUGCUUGGGGCCCUGUGUCUCUCACUUUGUUUACAGCUAUGCCCUGUGCUCAGAAAACUCCCUGGGGCCCCUCCCACUUGCCACCCCCCAAGCCUGACUACAACCCCUCCUGUCUUCUUUCUCCACAGAGCCUACCUCUGUCCGGGACAGGUGCUUAACCUGAGACCUAUGCUCACAUGAGUCCGAAAUAUUCUUUAGCUUACCUGAACACAAAGGACGGUUUCCAUUUAUUAAGCAAUACAAGUAUUAUCAUCUGAUUCCAGUCAAGCUGUGUCUGGAGGGAAGGGUUGGACUAGAUGAUCUUCAAAAAUCCCUUCAAGGUCUACUGAGAGGCAGCUGCCAUAAUAACUUUCUAAAUUCCUAAGCCCUAGACCAGUGGCGCAAAUUGCAUGUGGGUCACAGUGGGCUGCGUGUAUCCUUGCAGACUCUAGAAGGUCGCCAUCACUGCCUUAGACUGCUUGGGCAGCAGCAAAGCAGAGCUUUUCUCCCUCUCCUGAAAGCGCAAGAGGUGGGAAUCACUGGGGAGAUUUGUCUAAGUUUGCUGUGGGCCUAGUGAUCAUUAAGCCCGACUCUGCCAGAACAGCAGGUGGUAGCCUCCUGGCCAAGUUUCUUCAGAAAACCAUGGCAGAGCAUCGUCACCAGAUACCUGUGUUGCUCCUUGAAGCCAGGCUUGGGAGCAGCUAGAGGCUAGGCACAGGCAGCGUUGUACCCUCUAGUGCCAUGCGCAGCUGCCUUCCCUCACCCCCAGCCUUCCCUCCUGGUCACAUACUAGGCCUGUGCAAGUGUUUUCCACCCUAGCUUCCUAUCCUAGGUCAGGUCUAAAGCUGUAAUUGUCACCCUUGUACAGGUAGCUGAGAUCUGCAAGGAACAAUAGGCACUUCUGUCAGAGCUGGACCUUCCCUUUCUAAGCUGCCACACUGAUCUUCCAAGAAUCAGGGCACUAGGCGGUGAGCCAGGCCGCCAUUGUCUGGUUCCCAGUGACAGCCUUCCAACCUGAGACAAAGUACACUUGAGAAAUAACUCCUGUGCAGUGCCUUAGGCCACCUGCAGUUGGAGCAGGAACUGACAAAACUGCGCCUGAAAGCCUGGGAGGUGCUUUCUGUUGUUUCCUUUCGGGAGGGCAGGACAGAGAAAGCUGACGCCACCUGCUGGCGUUUCUGAUGCCAGAGAUGACUGAUGCUUAGCCGAGGCUCAGGGAGGUGAAGUGCCUUGACUAUUCUCUAGCCCAGUGUAAGUCACAAACAUGGCUUCAGCCGGGUCUGACACCAGAGCUGUCCCCUUACACCACAGCACUGUGUGGCAUUUGGGGUCAGGAGAGAGCUAAUCAAGGUGCUAAUCCCAAUCUAGCAUCCUGGGGGUCCCAAGGACAGACCGAAAGAUGCACAUUUUUAUUAUUCGAUGCUAAUACCUGUCUCAAGGCUGCCAGGGCCUCUGUGACAAGAGCAUCAGAUGUUUCUCUUCAAAUAGCCAUCGGCCUUAGAGCGAAUGUUCAGAAGAAAAUUAUUGGAGCUGUGUCCAAGUCGCAGUCCUCUGGGACCCGCAGGACUGGGGGCCCACGUUUCUUUCACCUAUCCAGUAAAACAAGCAGCCAUCAUUUGUGGACAGAUUCCUUCCAUUCUCCUCCACGCAGCUUUCAGGGUCAGCUCACUUCUUGCCAGUACUAAGUGCGACUCCUUGUACCACUUUCCAUUCCCCAGAGACCUUGAUAGUUCCAGGGCCUCUGUUGCCUGGGAGGGAGAGGAGACCCAAGAGAGGACUGGUUCUAAAGCCACAUGGAUGUGAGGAGAGGGAAGGGAAAGGCUUCCUAAUUGUGCCCCUAAUCAAUGUUCUGACCCCCAUCCCAUUGUCUAGAAUGGUGGGGCUAGAGGGGAAGUAGGGUUCCUGCUAGAACCCUCAUUGAUCCGGAAGCCUCAGUGGAAACCCUGGAGGAAACAGGACAGUGAAGGAAACAACAGGGAGCCCUGCUGAGGCAAAGGCACUGGCAAAGCAGUGAACUAACUUGUUUACUAACAAGACUGGACAUAGCAUCACAAUUUGCAGUUUACACUGGUGUGAGUUACCAGAGGGCCAAGGCUAGCAUGGAGAGUGGGACAAGGACCUCUAGUAAGCAGAUGACAGAGGUUUAAGGGAGAAUUGCGUGGCAGGGGCCUCUGCCAGCUGCUUGGGCUUCAACAGCCAAGCUGGCACAGAAGGCAGUUGUCUGACUCUGCUAGGCUCCUGGGUCCCUAGAAACGGUAGUGUUUGCUUCAUUGUCUCUUCUUCUAUCCUGACCCAGGGUUCUUUUGCUUAAAGGAAAGGGCUAGGAGCCUUGGAGGUGAAUGGAGGCUUUGGUCUGUGUGUAUGGUGUCAUUUGCAAUGAAUGCAAAUAGAUUCAGAGAAAUUCAGCAUAAAGAGGGCCUCUGGAGGGAAUAUAGCCCGACCUGUACUCCACCCGGUAUUGCUUGGGUAGGAACUGAGGCACAGAGAGGGGUGGUGGCCUGCGCAAGCUCACACCUCCAGACUCAGCAGACAGAAGGCCUCCCGGAGAGAGCAGUGGGCCAGUCCUGAGGCUGUCCUUGUCCCACAUAGCCCUUUCUUUCUUCCUGCACAGACUCGAGGCUGGAAGUGUUUGGCCCCCUUCAGGAGCCUGGCCAGGCAGGGAGAGCAGCUGCAGCCUUUAUUAGUGUUCUGCUUCCUCCCACAGCACUUGCCCAGCUCCGCCUCAGGACUGGCCCGCUGCCACAAAGUCCUUAGGCUACCCUAGUGCUCCCUCAGGUCCCUGAUGACCCCAGGCCAAGCUAGCGUGAAGAAGGAACAUGAUAUUUCUUUUUAAUCCAUUUCAGGGCUCUCUCCGGGAGGGGUUGGGGUGCGUCAUACCUAUUCAAAGAUCUUCCAGCUAGGAUGGGGCGGGGUGAACUUUGUUGUGAGAAUGGCCUGGAGCAGGCCCAAUGCUGCUUUUGGGGGUCAGCAUCCAGUGUGAGAUACUGUGUGUAUAAACUAUAUAUAAUGUAUAUAAACUGGGAUGUAAGUUUGUGUAAAUUAAUGGUUUAUUCUUUGCAAAUAAAGUGGCCCCCAU